ACAUACUAUCAUCCAACAUCAAGGGGGUCACCAAUAGCUUCCCUCUCCGUCUCGAAUUCGUGGAGUUUCCGAUCUCAGUCCCGAGACGACCAUCGACGAGCUCUGAGCUAUGGCUUCCUCCUGGGCGUUGAAGGCGGCUCGUCAAGCCGCAAUCGUUUCUCAGCUCUCCUCUCCGACUUCAUCAGCUCAGGCCGCAAACAGCGCCGCGGCCUUGCUGGCGCCACUGAUCACCAUGGACCUCCAAGGGUUAAUUUCUGGCAAAAUCCAAUGAGUCCAUCUAAAUGGAAGGAAGAGCAUUUUGUGAUUGUCUCUUUAUCUGGCUGGGGUUUGCUUUUCUUUGGGGGAUAUAAGUUGUUCUCCGGAGGCAAGAAAGACGAGGAAGAGAAAUUGGUGGAAGCAUCACAUUAGUAUUGGGAUUUUAAAGUCACUAUCACAGAAGCUUUCUCUCAAUAAUGUGUUUGCUUGGUUUUCCAAUCUCCUUUGAUCUGAGCAAACCAGACACACAGAGACAUCUCUCUCUCUCUAGUUUUUCAAACCCAUUUUACUUUUCUUCUUUUAUUUAUUUAUUUUUUCUUUUCAUCCAUUUUACACCACC